ACGCCGCCGACGCUCUGCGUGAACUGGGCAGGAGCGGCUAGAGGCGAUGAUGCGCCGGUCCCUGGAGCGGACGCAGCAGCUGGAGCUGAAGAAGAAGUGCUCCUGGGGAAUCGUGCAGGCUGCCGGGCAGGGAGGACGCGAAGGUUUAGCAGCCAGCACCCUUCCUCCGGACCCAGGGACCACUGCCGCCGCUGCCGAGUCCACCAACGCAUGUGACAAGCUUUCAACAUCAAUCAUGAAUUUGCCAAAGCCAACAGAGCCUCCCAUGAGUAAAUGCCUGUCUUCAUCCACCGUGGCAAUACCCUAUUCCCCAGACCGAGCUCAUCACAUGCCCCUUAGUUCCAUGGAAGCCUAUCUUGUUAUGCGACUGUUGACACCAACACAGGCUUCUUUAGCCAGAAGCAGAAGUGCGCUUAUACUCUCUGAGCAGUCCAGUGACUCAGUAUUCCAUACCUGUCCUCGUAUAGCUCCUGCUGGUCCUCUUAAAUCUUCCUACAAGUCUUCGCCCACCCAAAAUGCUGAGAGGAAGAAGGCCACAUCUACAUCUGGUGUAGGAGAUGUAGGAAAAGGAGCCCCAGCAGGAGCAGAGGCCUCUCUGAUGGAGAAGGUAAAGAGAGAGCAGCGAGCAGUUUCUUCCACGGGCCUCGGGUCCCCCCUGAGAAGAUGUGACUUUCCAGCAGGCAUUUCUAAGAGAUCAUCAUCUCCAGUGACAUCCAAGGCCGCUUCUAGAGUAUAUCCUCAGUCUCCAAAGAACGUGAAGCCAUCAUACCCAGGGUCUCCUGUGAAAUACCGCCUGUCCUCCUUUUCCAACCAAGAAACACCCAAGAAGAAAGCAGAGAAAGAAAAGACCAACAAGGAACGGGAAGGUGCCAUGGGCCAGCAGGCAUUUGUAUUGCCUGGGGAGGAGGCCCCCGAGAAGCACGUUGUGGACAGGCAUCUCACCGAGAAGCACGCUGCUUCAGGAGGAAAGGCUGAGAGCCACGAAGCCUUGGGGAAACCCACGGCAGGCACCACCGAUGCAGGAGAGGCUGCAAAGAUCCUGGCUGAGAAGAGACGACAGGCCCGGCUACAGAAGGAGCAGGAGGAGCAAGAACGACUGGAGAAAGAAGAACAAGAGAGGCUGGAGAGAGAGGAAUUGAAAAGAAAGGCAGAGGAGGAAAGACGUCAUCUAGAAGAAGCCCGUAAACAGGAAGAGGAAAAGAAGCGGCAGGAAGAGGAAGAGAAAAGAAAGGCAGAAGAGGAGGCCAAGUGGAAGGCUGAGGAGGAGCUGUCAUUGAAAGAAAAGCAAGAAAAAGAAAAGCAAGAAAAAGCCAUGCUCGAAAAGCAGAAAGAAGCAGCAGAAGCAAAGGCCCAGGAGGCAGCUAAACAGAUGCGUCUAGAAAGAGAACAAAUCAUGCUGCAGAUUGAGCAGGAGCGGCUGGAGAGGAAGAAGAGAAUAGAUGAAAUCAUGAAGAGAACAAGGAAGAGUGACGUAUCGCCAGAAGUGAAGAAGGAAGACCCUAAAGUGGGGAUUGAGCCUGUUGUGUGUGUGGAAAAUAAGACAAAACCAGUUGUCCCCAACAAAAUAGAAAUCAAUGGGUUGAACACCUGCCAGGAAGUUCAUGAUGUGGGGCGUGCUGCCCCAGAAACUUUUCCCCAAGACAUUUGCUCUAAUGGGCUUAAACCAGUCGGGGGACUUAUACAUCUCGACGCCCUUGAUGGGAAAUCAAACAGUCUGGAUGAUUCAACUGAAGAAGUUCAGUCUAUGGAUGUGAGUCCUGUUUCAAAAGAAGAGCUUAUCUCCAUCCCAGAAUUUUCCCCAGUGAGUGAAAUGAUUCCUGGGAUAUCUCUGGACCAAAAUGGAAGUGGCCAUGCCCGAGCGCUCCAAGACCUCUUAGAUUUCACUGGCCCCCCCACGUUCUCCAAGAGGUCCAGUGAGAAUCUCAGCCUGGAUGACUGUAACAAAAACCUGAUCGAAGGAUUUAACAGCCCUGGCCAAGAAAACACUCUGAACACCUUCUGUUGACAAAUAACAACAUCCCUUUAGUGAAAGGUGGUGUUUGGAGAACUUGUGAAGCUGCUGGUUAGUGACACCCCAGCCGCCAGCCAUCGGAAGAAGCUUCUGUCAUCCUUAACCUCCAGAUUCCAAAUGAUUCACUCUGAAUAUAACUGUAUUCCUAGGUAGUAUGUCAAACACUGGCCAUGCUUGAGACUUUUGCCUUGUUGGGCUUUAGCAGAGUUCCAUAUUACAGUUCUAUUUAUGAGCUUCAGCUGCUGAUAAAGCACUUCCUGUACUUCUCUGUUAUCAUAGUGAUCCUCUGAAUAACCUAAGUGAUGCCAGCCUGGAGAUAUACUCUAUACCCAUCCUUAUUCCCAAAGUUGGAGCACAUAAGCCUUUAGAUGUCUUUUCCUGUAAAUAUUCUAGACAUUUACCCAAACUCUACUUAACAUAUACAGAACUUGAGCUGCGUAUCUCUCUGUCUUUGUUUAAAAGGAGAAGAAAUUCAGGAGUCCCCCUUUCCGCCCCCCCCCCAGGGUUUCUCUGUUGGAAGAUACUAUCAAGAAGCCCCUCUUUAUUAUUAAGCUUAGCCACCUGCAAAAUGCAUUGACCCACAUUACUCGUUUGAGGUUAAAAUAAUAAGUCUGGUUGAGUUAGGAAGUAAUUAAACAGUGUAUAGUGGUUUCUGUUCUAUUAUGCAUAUACAUGGGUAACUCCAUAUAGCUAGAACCCUUUCAUGUUGCACCUUAAACCCUCCAAAUUGUACUCCCUCCAAACCAUCGAAUGGCUUUUGGAUUGAAUGAAUGAAUAAUGUCUCAUUCCCGGGUACUUGGUUGGUUUUCAUGUUUUUGCUAUUGUUUUUCUCUUGGAUCUCAGGAGUUUGGUUUUGUUUGUUUGCUUAACUCUAAUAAAACCAGACACAAAUGACUAGUGCUCUGAAAUGAGGAGGCUCUGAAUGGGACCCAAUAUGUCACUUUAACAUAAAAAUAUCUGGAUGAGGGAAAAAUGACACAAGAAUGUAUACCCCACACAUUUUAUGCCAUAUAAUGGUGUGUUUUCUUACUUUCAUUUCUUGCAACGUAAUGUGACUUUUGGAUUGAGAUGAUCUCUUUGAAAUAUUUUUUUUGACUUGUACAAUGAGUGGUUUGGGAGGAUCCAUAAUUCCAAGAGAGGUUUGCAACCAGGAGAUAUAAAGAGGUCUCAAUAGUGAUCUUGUUCAUGUGCUUUUAAAACCAGCUACAGUUUAAGAAGUUAUUAGUUAUGGAAACUGUGUAUGUUUGUGUAUGUAUAUAUAUACCUAAUAAAAUACAUGCCUCCAACGACGCAGUGCCAUUGAUCUUGAUGAAUAUCAGGGAAAAAAAAUCCCUUUGAUGACAAGCACACAGAAAAUGAUAGCAUGGUUCUGUCUGCAAAAACUGCCUUGCCAUCAUUCCUACAGCUUUAUCUUAUGACACGUUUGUU